CCGCCCCACCCCACGGGCAGAGGGGAGCCGCAGGGACAAGGGAGUCUGAGUGGGGGACUGGCCCCCGCGCGGAGCCCCGCCUCCGGCAGCUCGAGAAAUGCUGCCGGUGGAGUGGAGAGGGAAGGAGCCGCGGCGGCUGGGAUUGGGGAUCUGGUGGGGGAAGCAGCGGCUGCAGCAGUAGCGGGAGCUGCUGCUCCGGGGCGGGGGGGUCCUGCAGCCAUACAGAGCUCCCUGCGCAUUGCACUGAACCUCGGGAGCUGAGCCGGGCCUCUGCAGGGGGAGAGGAGGAGCAGGGGGCUGAAGGGAGAGAGAUCCCCUCGAGGGAGACAGGCAGCUCAAGGGAGAGCGAUACUGGGAGAAAUCCGAGCAAGGGAGACCUAGAGAUCCCACCCUGGGGAAGAGCGAGAACAAGGGAGAGAAAGAGAUCCCAAAUCAAGGGAGAGCGAGAGAUCCCAGCACGAGGGAAAUUCCAAGAAGAGAUUAGAAGAAAGAGAUCGGGAGAAAGGUCCCAGCAAGAGGGAGUGAGAGCCUAGCAAGAAAGAGACCCCCAUGAGAGGAGUCUCCCAAGCAAGAGAUCCUAUGAAAAAAUCAAUCCCAGUAACAGAGAGAGGCAGGCAGAAAGCGAUCAACAAGCCUGAGAAGACAAAGCACUAGUCAAUGUACAGUAAGUAACAGUCCUGCACUGGCCCCAAGGAGAUGGACUAGAUGAAACCUACAUUCUUUGUGUUUUAACUUUUCUGAUGCUAUGAGAUUGGCAUAAUUCUAGCAGAAAAGAUCCCUGAGAAAGCUUCCUGAAUGACCCUAGAAAGAUCAAAGUAAAGAGAAAUAUUAUUAGGAUCCCUGCAGAAUAGACUGCAGAGAAAGAGAGAGGGAGAAAGAGAUAUCAUCGUAUACCAGCAGAAGGGAGAACACAGGAGAGAGCGAGAUCAUAGAGUAAAGACUUUGUGAUCCCAUCAGAAGAGAUCUGAGAGGGAGCCAUCAUCCAGGACAUCCUCAGUUCUCUGUUGUGAGAUCCUAGGGGAGAAACAGAAACAAACCAGAGUCACCCCUGUUGUGUGGAGACACUUGUGCUUUGGCUUGGAGAGGCCCUGACCCACCUAACACCACCUUGGAACUCUUGAAGGGAGUGGGGGGUGUUGUUUGGAGAUGGUGGAGUCCCUGGAGAAGCUACAUGGAUCUUAACGCUGCCUUAAGGGCAAGGAGAAGAGCAGUGGGAAUGGGUUGGCUGUGGCUGGUCUGUCUGUUUCACCUAGCCGCCUCACUGGAAGAAAUACUUCUGGAUACAACAGGAGAGACCUCGGAAAUCGGCUGGACCACCCACCCUCCUGAUGGGUGGGACGAGGUGAGUGUCCUGGACGACAAGAAGCUCCUGAUCCGAACCUUUGAGGUCUGCAAUGUGGCUGAGCCAGGCCAAAAUAACUGGCUGCGCACUCACUUCAUAGAGCGGUGUGGGGCCCACCGAGUCCACGUCCGUCUCCGCUUCUCAGUGCGUGACUGUGCCAGCAUGCGGACCGUGGCUUCUUCCUGCAAGGAGACCUUCACCCUCUAUUACUACCAGGCAGAAACCGACAUGGCUACGCAGGAUCUGCCUGAAUGGCGCGAGGGGCCCUGGACCAAGGUGGAUACCAUUGCAGCUGACGAAAGCUUCUCACAGGUGGACAGCACUGGGAAGGUGGUGAAGAUGAAUGUCAAGGUGCGCAGCUUUGGGCCGCUCACCCAGCGUGGCUUCUACCUGGCUUUCCAGGACUCAGGGGCCUGCAUGUCACUGGUGGCUGUACAAGUCUUCUUCUACAAGUGCCCAGCUGUGGUGAGGGGGUUUGCCUCCUUCCCUGAGACCUUUGCCGGUGGGGAGAGGACCUCGCUGGUGGAGGCAGUGGGGACCUGUGUGGCAGACGCAGAGGAGGCAAGUACGGCAGGGUCCUCUGGUGUCAGGCUGCACUGCAAUGGGGAAGGCGAGUGGAUGGUGGCCAUUGGGAGUUGCACCUGCAGGCCUGGCUACCAACCUGCUAACGACGAAGGAGCCUGCAAAGCCUGUCCCACUGGUUCCUUUAAAGCAUAUGUGGGAGAUGCCCCCUGCAGACUCUGCCCCACCCACAGCCACGCUCCAGUGCCAGGCUCCAGUGAAUGUGCCUGCCAAAGCCGAUACUACCGCUCUGCUUCGGACACGUCUGACACCCCCUGCACUGGCACUCCCUCCGCCCCCCGGGAUGUUAGCUACGAGAUCAUUGGCUCCAAUGUGCUCCUGACCUGGCGCUUACCCAAGGACCUGGGUGGCCGCAAGGAUGUCUUCUUUAAUAUCAUCUGCAAGGUGUGCCCGACGGGGUCUCCAGGGCCCUGCGUGCGCUGUGGGGACAGCAUUCAGUUUGAGCCACGCCAGGUGGGGCUAACAGAGAGUCGUGUGCAGGUCUCCAACCUGCUGGCCCGUGUGCAGUACACAUUCGAGAUCCAGGCCGUCAACCUGGUGACCGAGCUGAGCCCAGAGGCACCCCAAUAUGCAGCCAUCAACGUCAGCACCAGUCAGUCAGUCCCCUCUGCAGUUCCUAUGAUGCAUCAGGUGAGUCGCACCGCCAACAGCAUCACAUUGUCCUGGCCACAGCCAGACCAGCCCAAUGGAGUCAUCCUGGACUACCUGUUACGCUAUUUCGACAAGGCAGAAGAUGAGGAUAACUCAUUCACCAUAACCAGUGAGACCAACAUGGCCACCAUCUCAAACCUGAGCCCAGGCAAGAUCUAUGCCUUCCAGGUGCGAGCCAGGACAGCUGUGGGUUACGGGCCAUAUAGUGGCAAGAUGUAUUUCCAGACCCUGGUGGGAGGCGAACGCUCGGAAGUGGUUCAGGACCGGCUGCCACUUAUCGUGGGCUCAGCACUCGGUGGUCUGGCCUUCUUGGUAAUUGCUGCCAUUGCCAUCCUUGCCAUCAUCUUCAAGAGUAAGAGGCGAGAGACCCCAUAUACAGACCGUCUGCAGCAGUACAUCAGCACGCGGGGGCUUGGGGUGAAGUAUUACAUUGACCCUUCGACCUACGAGGACCCCAAUGAGGCUAUUCGGGAAUUUGCCAAGGAGAUUGAUGUGUCUUUUGUCAAGAUUGAGGAGGUCAUUGGAUCAGGAGAGUUUGGAGAGGUGUGUUUUGGGCGCCUGAAACCCCCGGGGAAGCGGGAGUACACAGUGGCCAUCAAGACUCUGAAGUCAGGUUACACAGAUGAGCAGCGGCGGGAAUUUCUGAGUGAGGCCAGCAUCAUGGGGCAGUUUGAGCAUCCCAAUGUCAUCCGCCUGGAGGGUGUGGUCACCAAGAGCCGACCCGUCAUGAUCGUCACAGAGUUCAUGGAGAACGGCUCACUGGAUUCCUUCCUCAGGCAACGAGAAGGACAGUUUAGCAUGCUGCAGCUGGUGGGGAUGCAGCGGGGGAUCGCAGCUGGCAUGCGUUACCUCUCGGACAUGAACUAUGUCCACCGUGACUUGGCUGCCCGUAACAUCCUGGUCAACAGCAACCUGGUGUGCAAGGUGUCUGACUUUGGUUUGUCCCGCUUCCUGGAAGAUGAUGCCUCAAACCCCACCUAUACUGGGGCCCUGGGUGGCAAGAUCCCCAUCCGCUGGACUGCUCCCGAAGCCAUCCAGUACCGCAAGUUCACAUCCUCCAGCGAUGUCUGGAGCUAUGGCAUCGUCAUGUGGGAGGUGAUGUCGUAUGGCGAGAGGCCUUACUGGGACAUGUCUAAUCAGGAUGUAAUUAAUGCUAUUGACCAGGACUAUCGCCUGCCACCACCCCCAGACUGCCCCACUGUCUUGCACCUUCUCAUGCUUGACUGCUGGCAGAAGGAGCGGGUUCAGAGGCCCAAAUUCGAGCAGAUAGUCAGUGCUCUAGACAAGAUGAUCCGCAAGCCAUCCGUGCUUAAAGCCACCGGCACAGGGAGCAGCAGACCAUCCCAGCCCCUGCUGAGCAACUCACCCCCAGACUUCCCCUCACUCACCAGUGCCCAUGAAUGGCUGGAUGCCAUCAAGAUGGGCCGCUACAAGGAGAAUUUUGACCAGGCCGGACUGACCACCUUCGAUGUCAUCUCACGUAUGACACUGGAAGAUAUCCAGCGCAUUGGGAUCACCCUGGUUGGUCACCAGAAGAAGAUUCUCAACAGCAUCCAGCUCAUGAGAGUUCACUUGAACCAGCUCGAACCAGUGGAGGUCUGAGGUUUAGACCAUUCUCCCACCUCCAAACUCCAGGAAGGGAAUUCAGAGGGAUUUUCACUAUCAAUGGGAGCAAGCGAGGAGCUCCCUGGAGACUUUGUGCAGAGAGAGAGUGGGCAUUAAAUGUCCCAUGCCACCAAACCAAACCCUUGCAGUGAUUUGACUGCAAUGCUACAGAACUUGUGCCAUUCAGAUGUGGGUGAUCUUGUACAUUGGGGAAGGACUGGGGGAAGAGGGAGCUACUGUAAUGUGGGGAGGAGCUGGAAGAUAAUUUGGACAGAUCAGACACACCUGCUGCCUCUUCUCUGCCAGCAGAUGGGAUCAAAAACAUUACAAAGCUGUCAUUGGACUGUGUCUGCAGCUGGGAGCCCAUCAAAGCCACACAGACAUUUUUCACCCUGAACCAGGCAAAAUAAAGGCAGAGGAAAGUUACAUUUUUUUUCUAAA